GACAUACCCUUCCCCACUUCCAACCAAAAUAAAUAAAAAUUUAAAAAAAAAAGGGGAUAACCCUAACGCCGUUGUGAUAUUUGGGGAGGAGAGAGAUUAAAGGCCCCCUUUGUUCUUCGUCAAAACGUUUUCUCUCUCUACGAAACAGCGAAUGAAAUCAAUGGAAAUUGAACCAUUCAUCAUGGAUGACCUUCUGAACUUCUCCGUCCCGGAGGAGGACGACAACGAAGAGGACGAGGCGGCGGAGGUUCGGCCUCUGGCGAUGAAAACGUUGUCUCGUCGGGAAAAAAUUAUCCGGUCGGCGGAGUCAUUCGGCCUUAUCGGCCCCGACGACCCCGAAUUGGUUGAGGAAGAGGAUUUGGAAUGGAUUUCGAACAAGGAUGCAUUCCCUGUGAUCGAAACGUUUGUCGGCAUGUUGCCGUCGGAGCAGCAUGUCCGACUUACCUGGCCGGAGCAAGCGUCGGCUAAGCAGCUGAGUCCGGUUUCCGUUCUCGAGACGAGCAGCCACAGCCACAGCUCCGCCACUCUCACGACGACGGCGACAACCACCAACAGCAGCGGCUCCUCUAACGGGAGCGCCGCGGCGGUGUCCGGUGGCGCCGCUACGACCGUCAUGAGCUGCUGCGGAGGCCUCAGCGUGCCGGUGAAGGCCAGGAGCAAGCGCCGCCGCACAGGACGCCGCGACCUCCGCGGACUGUGGACGCACCGCGAGCAGACACCGCCGAGGAAGAAGCCGGCGUCGACGCUGGGGAGGAAGUGUACGCACUGUGGUUCGGAGAAGACGCCGCAGUGGAGGGCGGGACCGUCGGGGCCGAAAACGCUGUGCAACGCGUGCGGCGUCAGGUUCAAGUCCGGGAGACUGGUUCCGGAGUAUCGUCCGGCGAACAGUCCGACGUUCUCAGCGGAGGUGCAUUCGAAUUCUCACCGGAAAAUCAUUGAAAUGAGGAAGCAGCGGCAAUUAGGAGUAGCGUCAGCGGGCGACCGGGAAGACUGUGGAUAAAGGGUAGGGCUUUAUUCUUUUUUCUUUUUUAAAUUUUGUCGAACCCUUUUUUUUCAUUUAUUUUCUCUUCCUUUUUUUAAUUAUGUUUUAAGGGAUUUUUUAGGGUUUUGUAGUUGGGAUUUAGGUCUUUUUUUUUUCCUUUGUGAAAUUAGGGUAAUUAGGGGAUAUUAUAUUUAAAUCAGUCGUUGGUAAUCUUCUUGUUUUAAAUUUUAAUGUUUCUAUGGUUA